UGGCUGAGUAAUGCCAGAGGGAGGCAGUAGUGCAACUAAAAGGAUGCAAGCUCAAAGAAGAAGAAGAAGAAGCACACGUUUAGGUGUCAGACAAGCCUACGUGUUGUUUUCAGCUGUUUAACAUACUAAAUUGUAGACGAUGAUAAACAGACAACAUGUGUAGGCCGAGUUGUGAGUAAUGGCACAAGGCGUGACGUUAAAUACCGCAGCUUGUUUAAAACAGUGCAUGUUUAUAUGCAGUGUAACAGUUAUUGCAGAUCAUCAGCAUGUCUUACUUGGAGUGGGCAGAGUCUCAGCUUGCAGAGAUAGAGCUGCUGAUCAGCAUGUUUCCCACCCAGGAGGAGCUGGAGAUGACAGACCAGCUGGCACUGGCUGAGCUCAGGGACUAUGUGGAGUGUUCAGAUCCAGCAGACAGCCCUCCAGCGUGCAGACCUCAGUUUCUCCUCAAACAGAAGCUGGACACUGCGAGCAUGGAGAGGACGGAUGUCAUCCUGUCCUGUGCGUAUCCAUCCGAAUAUCCAAGUGUGUUACCAGAGGUAACAGUCAGGUGUUCCGGCCUCAGCAGGGCCCAGCAGACACAGCUUCACACAGAUCUCAAUGCAUAUCUCAUGGAAAACUGUCAGGGUGAAGUGUGUGUGCUCUCCGCUGUGGACUGGGUGAAAGACAACCUCCGGCUCUUCAUUAAUGAGAGCUUAUUAACAGCACCGGCUCCUAAGAAAGAGUCUGCCUCUCCACGGCCACAGGAAGUGUUCAGCCGACUGUGGAUUUAUAGCCACCACAUCUACAACAAGAUAAAGAGGAAGAACAUCUUGGAGUGGUCCAAGGAGCUGGGUCUGUCAGGAUUUAGCAUGCCUGGGAAGCCUGGUAUUGUGUGCGUGGAAGGUCCUCAAUCUGCCUGUGAGGAGUUCUGGUCCAGAGUGAAGGUUCUGACAUGGAAGAAGAUCAUGAUUCGACAUAGAGAGGAUAUUCCCCUUGAUCGUCAGGGCGAGGACAGCGGGCCUAUUGAAAGUGUAGACUCUCUGCGCAAAUUCACAGGCUUUGAAGAGGCAAUGUUUGACCCCCAUGGGAACAGAGGUAAUCACAUGGACCUUGGGCAGCUCUACCAGUUUUUAAAUGAGAAAGGCUGUUGUGAUGUCUUUCAGAUAUAUUUUGGCAUUGAGGGCAGGUAGUAGUGGUCAGACAUGGGCAUUUUACUGGUGCUUUGUCAUUGAAGUCGCUUCUCCUGAAAAUAAGUGUUAACCUAAAAGGAAAUGCAUUCAAUAUUGUGCGUGUGUUUUGUUUUGUUUUUGUCUCACAAACACACUUGGGACAUCAUUGGGAUACAAGGUAGAAAACAUUUAUGCAAUUUGAGACACAGAAUAUUGAGCUAAUAGGCAUAUAUUUCAAAAAGAAACAUUAAAACGAUAUAUUUCUCAGAGUUUUUAUUCAUGGACCUCGGUUAUAUUUUGCAAUUUUAAUACUCCUGCAGAUCACACCUUGCCCUAGGUGUUUCUUUUCUCAAAUGGCACCGCUGUGUAUCACUACCAGGCUAUUACAGGCUAUUAUUUUCAGGCCUGAUACCACAUUAAUAAUUGCACAACAUAGUCAACAAUAUGCUAGAUAUCUGUUUAUGAAAUCUGUUGAUCUUCCUCUUAUGAAUUAUAGAACUGUGAAAAGUCUCUCUCCAAUUGAUGAUUAGUUCUUAGAUAAAUCGUGCAUAAUUGUGGAUUACACUCUGGCAAUUAAAACAUGCAGUUAUUGGACAUUAAUCAAAUUUUGGAUAUCCUGCCCCCUCCCAGGACAGAGAUGGAAAUUAAAAAAGAAAAUUCAUAUAGAUUGUUAAGUGGGUUUUGUUCCUCCAGGGUGAGGUGUAAAUGAGAUCAUUACAAAUAUGUGCUAUUGUGGAAAGGUGAUUUAUCAGCAAAGUGCACUCUUUACAUACAGUAAGCACCCAUAUAGUGUGUCUUUGAAAGCCCAUUAUCAUUUCAUGCUAUUUAAAUAACAUUUAAAAUCCACAUAGCACAUAGUUAUAUGAUGAACAGAAAUCACAAGGACACACAGUCAAAGACAAAUGUUCAGUAGUCACAGGCAUUUGGGUGAAAUUACCUGCAAAGUUGGUAUACACUGGCCAGCAGAUGGCAGCAUUAUAUAAUCAAAGUUGGAAAAUAAAACUUUUUCUAAUAAAUAGUUAAUAAUAAAUAAAACUAUUUCUCGAUGUUAACAUGUUUUUUUUAAUAUAAUACGUAACCUGGAUUGCAAAUAGCUGUAUUAAUGUAAGACAAAUUAAGUAAUAGUAUAAUAAUGACCUUAAUAAAUGGCCAAAAACAAGCUCAGGUGUUGUUUGGAUCAGAUUUGAGUAUAGUGUUUUCAUAUUUUACUUUCAUGAAUCAUUCAAUAAUCAAGCAGAUUAAAAUGUUGUAAUCAUUUUAUGAGGUAAAACAUCUGUGACCUUUGUACAUUUCACAGCAGCAAGACACUAACAACAGCAAUGCAUUUCUUUGUAAAACCUCGAGCCAACAGUACAGACAAAACAUUUUUAAAAAGAUGCACAAAUGAGACAAUGUGUGCAUCUUUUUAAAAAUAAUUUUGUCGACGUACCCCAGAAUUCCUAACUGAUGAACAGAUCCAGAGAUGGGGAUCAGUAUGAGGAGGAGUUGCUCAUCCUGAUAUGAGUCCCAGUCUCUCUUUUGUCAGCUGGUGGUCCUGAUGCUGGGGAUCUGUUUUUGGUUCGGUUGGAUUGGUUUGUUUGUUUUUUUCUGCUCCUCCUGAUUUUACCGGUUCUUGCUUUGCCCUCAGAGAGUGGAUACUCACUCCAGUCAGACUUCUAACUUGCCUCUUCAGAAGACUCAUCAGAGGGGUCUUCUGUCUGUUUGUUUAUCGAAGGGAGUCGGACUCCCAGGUGCAUCCACAACUCCAGCAGGACUUGAUACUAAAUUAGGAUGAGCAACCUCUUCCAUCCACUCAUCCUGGGUUUCUGGGUCUUGUAUCCCUUUUUUCAGUCAGCAUUUCUACAGUAAGUAGAAGCUGAAUGAAUCUGUUGGUGCCUUCAGUACUAUAUAUGGCUAUAACUAAACAGUCCCCCCCUGUAAGUAAACAGGAUUGAUGAAACUUUAACCUUGCUUUAUUUUAUGUUUUCCUCUAACAAAACAACACAUCCACCAAACAGCAUCAGACUCUCAGCUGUGGACAGAUUAAUCGCUGAAGAAGGGCUGCAAUUAAUAUUUCAAGGAAUUCCUGAAAUAUUACAAGAUUAAACAACGAUACAUCAAACACAAGCAAUAAAGGUUUAUAACCUUAACACACAACUUAAUCAAAUCAUUUAGUCAAUAUUUGUAUACAUGCAUUACUAGAAUAAAAAGGGGGAAAAGUUCUUAGUCAGUCAGUCUUUCUGCUAUAAUACUGUUCUCUAGUCUCAUCCGUGUAGAGUUUGAAAUAGCUGGACAUCAGUUGAUAUGUCAUCAAAUGAACUGACAUAAAUGUCUAUUUUUCUAUUUGGCCUAAUUUAAUAUAAUGGUUGACCUCAUUUCAUAAUAUAUUUGAUGAAGCAAUGAGCAAUGGACUAUGAAUUUACAACUUUUAUAAGAAAUCAGUUGUAAAGGUUCUUUCAAUAAAGGAUUUAUUUUUACUCCA